UGCACCACACAGCCAGCUCUUAAACCUCUUGUCUGUAAGCAGACUAAUCACCGUCCUGGAUGAGGCUGAUGACCGUAGAGUCGUCUGUAAACUUCAGUAGCUUUACUGAGGGGUCUUAAGAUGUGCAGAGAGAGAAAAGCAGUGGGGAGAGCACACAGCCCUGGGGGACGCCAGUGCUGAAGGUGAUAGUCCUGAAUGUGAGUUUGCCUUGCCUCACUAGCUGCUGCCAGUCUGUCAGGAAGCUGGUGGUCCACUGACAGAUGGAGGUGGGCACGGAAAGCUGUGUGAGUUUGUCUGAGAGCAGGUCAGGCAUGAUGGUAUUAAAGGCCGAACUGAAGUCCACAAAUAAGAUCCUUGUGUAAUUCCCAGAUCUGUCGAGGUGUUGCAGGAUGUAAUGCAGUCCCAUGUCGACUGCAUCAUCCACAGACCUGUGUGCUCUGUAGGCAACCUGGAGAGGAUCCAGCAAUGGUCCAGUGGUGUCCUUCAGGUAAGCCAAGACCAGUCUCUCAAGUGACUUCAGACGUGAGAGCGACAGGUCUGUAGUCCUUAAGUCCAGUGAUUUUGGCUUUUUAGGGACUGGAUUGAUGGAGCGUUUGAAGCAACCGGGAACUACACAGUUCCAAUGAUCUGUUGAAGAUCUGUGUAAAGAUGGAGGCCAGUUGGUCAGCACAGACUGGGUGCUUUCACACUAGCACUUUUGGUGCACACCCGGGUUCGAUUGACAUCAGAGUUCGGUUUGUUUGCUGUCUUCCAAACUCGGGUGCGCAGCCACGAACCAUACCCGAGUCCGCUUAAAAAUGGUGGUCCAGGGUGGACGGUUCAUGUGAACUCCGCUACGGUUCGCUGCUGAUGUGAACGCUAUCGUAACAAAUUGCGGAAGUGAACCGCUAUUAAUGACGUAUUAUUUAAUGAAAAAGUGUGUUUGUGUGUGUGUUUCAUUCACUUUCCUGAUGAGCUGUAUGUCUAAUUUCUGUUCGCCUUCAGCAUGCUUUGGAGCAUUUGCAGUAAAUUCAUAAGACAGACUCAAGUGCUGUUAUGUACCGAACCUUUGUAAACAAAACUAACAGUUCAAAAACGUAAAUACAUAAAAGAGCAGAGAGUAAUGUUAUGCAUUUGCCACCUUCUCCUACACCGCCGUUACUAAGCAACGGGGUAAACAGCUGCUGGCUUGAUUACGCAAACGAACCGUGGUUCGGACUCAAAUAUUAUAACAUGCACACAGUCCAGCAGGGGCAGGGGGAGGAGGGAGCAAUCGAACUCAGGUUCGGACCAGGCAAGCGAACCAAGUGUGAAAGCACCAUCUGGGCCUGAAGCUUUUCUAGAUUUCUGCUUCCUGGAGACCUGGUUCACGUCCUCUACAAAGACCUUUAACACAGUUUGAAUGGUGGGGGAUGGAGGUGGGGGGGUUCAGGGGUGUUAAGUGAGCGUGUGAAAUUCAGCUCAGAGCAGAUGGGGGGUGGUAGACUAUCCUUUUCAAAUCUGAAGUAAAACACAUUCAGAUCGUCAGCCAUUUGUUGAUUCUCCACAGACUGUGGGGUGGUGUUUAGUACAUGCUGAUGUUCCUCAGACCAGUCCUUAAUGACACCGCAUUGUUUGCUGGAAGCUCUUUUGUCUGUUCUUGGCCUAGUUAUACACGAUUGCAUCCCCACUUCUGUAAAAAUGGCUAGUAAACAAAGAAUUACAAAGAAACAAGUGACGUAUCAAAAAAUUCUGAGUAAAAUGCUGAAAUGGCAUUUUCCCACUACAUGUAGGGCAAUAAUAAUCAAAAGGUCCACACAUGCACAAGACAUUGCUUACUUCCAUGUUGAAAAACAAGGUGGAUAUAAAAGCUAGUCUAAAACAGUUUGUCUUUUGGUAUCACAAUUAUUGUUUUGGUAUCAAAAGCAGUUGUACAUGCGAGUGUUCAUAAAUAAACGUCCGAAAUGCAACUAAUAAAGACGACACUGAAAAAUUUAAUUCCACAUGAUAUUUCAUUUCUGAGACUUCUGAGAACGGGUGACAACUAUGAUCAAGAUUCACUUCAACUCUCAUAAUGUUUAUUUAGAUUUAACGUUUUAAAUUUAGGCCUAGGGGUUUUUGAGGGAUCUGUAAAGAAAAUAGAUGUUUCAUUUGAAUUCCAUUAAAGAAAUACAAUAAAGGUACUUGAUGAAAUGUUACAAAGCGCUCAGGAUCUUUAUUAUUGGUAUGCUGGGUUUGCACAGGUUGGACCCCCUGGUUCCUAUGAAAGCAAGCGGCGUCUGGUAUGUUACACACCCUGAGAGAUGUAUGCAAACACUAUCAAACGGCCCUGCAGCAGGACACCAAUCUGUUUGAGAUUAUCAGGCUUCUGUUUAAACCCAGAGCACAGCACAUGCAGAGACUGAAAUAAUACACCAGAAACACACCCUCCUUAUACAUGUCUCCAGGUGGAAUUAAAAGCAAUGAAUUCAAAUGAUACCGAGCUCCUGUGAGACUUCUCUUAAUCAUUAAUUCCUCGUUAUGUAGAAGUCAUUGAGUCUUGCUGUACUUUGGGAUGAUCAGUGCCGUAUAGAAGGGAUCUUUGAGGUAUUUGACUGUUGGAGCUUAUUAUUAUAAAUCUACUUUGAAGGAAUUUCCAUGUAAUCCUCAGCGACUCGCUCUUACAACGGAGACUUCAGAGGUGUAUUUAGAUUUAAUAACAGAUUUUACCGUAUAAUCAGCACCCAUACUGAAAGACAUAGAUAGAUUAGUUAUUAAGCUCUAAUCAAAGUAUUACAGUUAUUCUCCAUAAUUACUGGUUGAAUGUUAAAUCUGACGUAUGUGUAAAUGGGAAGCUAGCGCUUCAGUACGAGCUGCAUUCAUGCUGUUGUGAUUGUGGCUUGCUGUUGGUUUAGUGCUUUAAAGAGCCUCUCGGUUGUCAAACUCAAUGCAACGUGUUAGUUUUUGGCCUUGUGUUCUCUGUCAGAGCUGUGUGUGGAUUCCCUCGGGCACAGAGAGAGUUAAAAAGGCUAUUUAGCCACAGCCUUUCCAUGUGAAUUCCCUUCGUGGACAUUUUUUUCCCCCCUGAACAUCAGUUGGGGCUCUGAAUGUAAGCCGUGAGAACGUGAUGAGAGAGAAACAGAAGAGCUGUGCUCCUUCAGCUCAUCCGCUCUGCUCUGGCGGACAGAAGAUCCUCACAUGAUAGUGCUUAUACAGACUUUAUUUUAACUCUGUGAACUCUGAAACAGCAUCUCAUGCGGCUGUGAAGACCUUUCUGUAGCGCUCAGGACAUCCUCAAACAGUCCACUUCAGGUUGGAGUGUCUCCAGGAAGAGCGUUCCCUUGAUUCGUACUGUCUGGCGUACUGAUAGAGGUGCAAUGGCGAGGAUAUCCUGCACUACUCACAUUUGCACGCUGGUCUUGUCUUUGUGCUUCCUGGUCUUUGAGAUAGUGGUCGGUCAAAUCUGCAGAUCCCUCCUCGUUGCGGUGGACAGCUUCCAUACACUCUACAUUUUCAUCAAUCUGGCUCUAUCAGUGAUAAAGCAUCAUCCUGCUCCUCCCUGCUCACCUGCUCCCUCCACGAGCGCCGGUUCACCCCGUCCAGACAUCUCUGUUUCAGAAGGUCCGAGUCCUCCGUAUGCUGAGGACUACAGAAGGAUGCGUCUCAAACCCUUCGGCGUCCUGAUCUCGGCUCUGCUCUUGGCAUCUCAGUGUGUCUCCAUCAGUCUGGAGAUUCUCACACAUGUUGUGCAGCCAGAACCCAUUCAACACCCACUCCUGUCUAUCGUUGUUGGAGGAGCCAGUCUGAUAUUUAAUAUUCUCGUUUUGGCCUGGAAAAGAAGCAGCAGAGGUAUCGAUGAAGCUGAUGAUGGGAUCAGAAAGAGUCUGACGCCAAAUGACCCUCAUUCUUCAUCAGAAAACAAAGGACGCGCUCUGGAGGAUGACACGCUGAUGUUCUGCAACCCUGAAGCAUCUCGGGUUCUGGAUCCAGAUCAAGGCUCUCAGCACGGCUCUUCUGAGCUGCCAAACCCCAGCAUCCCUGAACCAGUUCAGUCCAGUCAGUGUCAAACGUCUGAUUCCAGAAUCAGUGCGAGUUCACUGGAAAUCAUUCGGGAAGCACCACGUCACUCCUCCUGCACCGAACGCACCGUUCCUCGGUGUGCUCCUGGAGGAUCCGGGUUCAGAGGAGCGCAGCUGGGCUCCAUCGCCGUGGUCCAGGAUCUUCUGGGUUCAGUGCUGGUUCUGUGUAACGGUCUGGUUCUCCUGCUGUCUGCAGCGCACUGUCAUCGGCCUCACUCCGACUGUCAUCUGCUGGUGUAUCUGGACGCAGGGUUGUCCUCGGUGUGUGUGCUGGUGCUGUUGUCCGUGGCUCUGCCGAGGCUGCGGAGCUACGGGCUGCUGGUGCUGCAGGCGACGCCGGUGCAUGUCUCGGUCGCUCAGGUGCGGCUGUGCCUCGCUGAAGUACCGGGUGUGCUGUCGGUUCACGAGCUGCACGUGUGGCAGCUGUCCGAGGCGCUGCUGGUGGCCUCGCUGCACGUGCACUGUCCGGACGGGAUGGACGCAGCACAGUGCGCAGAUCUGAUAGAGAGGAUCACAGCAGUGCUGGCCGCUUUCGGCAUCAACCACAGCACCGUGCAGCCGGAGCUCAUCCGGAGCGACGGAGGCGGAUCGGGACACGCGCUCUGCAGCCUGCGCUGUGGCCAGGAGUGUGUGGAGAAGCUCUGCUGCUCCCCUCGGGUGGACCAAGCCAGCUGUCCCGGGACAGAGAGGUCUGUUAGUGUGCAGUCCUGCUCUCCAGCGCCGCUCAGAGACGUGGUUAUCGAGAACACACACCUGUGAUUACUGUACAUGACUCCAGCAAUAAACACAUUCAUACCAUG